AUGCUGCGCACGGACCAGCUGCGCACGGACCAGCUGCGCACGGACCAGCUGCGCAUGGACCAGCUGUGCACGGACCAGCUGCGCACGGACCAGCGCGCACAGCCUGCCCUUAUCUCCCCAUCUCCCAACUUCCUCAAACUGUUGUCGCCGGUCCAAGUCAAGCGCGAGGAGAUCUCCCUCCAGACCCUGCGCCAGAGCCUAAGCCUGAGGAGAGUGCGAGUGAAGAAGGAGUCUCGGAGUCCGAGUCCGCGGAUCCUGCUCGGCCCACCUCGCCGACAGCGGUCGCCUCCAUGUCAGCAGUCCCUGACGUACGUGACCCCCCCCACCAAACUUCCUUCGGCGUCUUCACUGCCGUCUCCGCCGAGAGGCUGCUCGAGCACUCGCUCCUCUCGAAGUUCGACCAGCAGAGGGCCAUCACAGCCGCCUCUGCCCCCGCAACGUCCUCCGUCCCCCCCGACGCCAAUAAUGUCGUCCCCUGCAGCCGCCCUCGACAAGGAGACAUUAAAGCUCCUCCUCCCACUCCGAUACGAUGGCAAAACCAUCAUCAAGUGUGACAGGUUCUUGUCGCAACUGCGCAUCUACUGGAUGGUCAACAUGUCAUUGACCACCAUCGAGCUCAAGGUACAAGUUGCGCUCAGCCUACUCAACGGUGACGCCCACGCCUGGGCCACCCCCUACUUCGCCCAGCUCGUGUCGGUACAGAUAGGGGUGCAAGGGGCUACGACCCUGUUCGCAAACGAAGCGGCCUUUGCCGCCGCCUUCAAAGCCCACUUCGGAAAUCUCGACGACGAGGCGGCAGCACAAGUAGAGCUGGCGAAGCUCUGCGCGGACAAAUCAGUCCGUGAAAAAUGCACCGCCACGGAAUUCUCCGCGCUGUUCAAGGGUUCGGCUGAUCGCUCUGGGUAUGGGGACCUAGAGCUACGCGACAAGUACCUGAGUGGCAUCCCCUCCCACGUGUACCGAAAGAUCGAGCUCGAGACCUUCACCACGUGGCAAGAAGCUGAAAAGCGCGCCAUCGAGGUCGAGCAGAUCCUUGACAUCAGCCGGGCCCCUUCGGCCAGCAUCAAUGCGGCCGUCAGAAAAGGAAACUUCCCCGGCACAUGCUUCGGCUGUGGGAAGCAAGGGUACCGACGUUUCGAGUGCCCUAAUUGUAAGGACAAACCUUACACAAAACGCGCCGAUGCGCGGGCUACGGUUGCCUCGGGCUCCACCCAGGCUGCGAUAAGCGCCCCCGUCACGACGUCACCCUCGGCAAGUAUAAGUGCCGCUUCAGCAAAAUCCGAGCCAUUGGAGCUGGCGGACUUAAUGGCACAGGUGAAGUCAAUGCGCGAGGAGCUCGAGCACUAUCGGGCGAUGAAGGAGGAAUCUUUUUGA